AUGGCCGCGAUCGCAAACGCCGCAGUCAGCUCCCUGACGUCGCCCGAUGCCAAAAAGGAGGAGUUCAGGAAGUACCUCGAGCGGUCCGGCGUGAUCGAUGCGCUGACCAAGGUGCUGGUCGGGCUGUACGAGGAGCCCGAGAAGCCCUCCAACGCGAUCGAGUUCAUCAAAAUGACGCUUGGCGCGCCGACGGGCGUCGACGUGGAUCAGCUCAAGGCGGAGAACGAGACGCUACGUGCCGAGGCGGCUCGGCUACGCGAAAAGGUUGGCGCGCUCGAGGAGAAGUUGGGAGGUGCGGCGGCGGAGGAGUAG